AAGUUUGUAUAAAGAACCGAGUUUCUUGAUGAUCAACCAAUCUAUUUGGGAAUAUGGUUUGUUUUUAUUUGGUUUGGUUUGGUUUAUCUCAGGUCUAAACCUAGCUUUAUAUUUAAAACAUACACAGUUUUGAUUUCUCUUCCCUUCGACCCUAAACCCUACCUUAGUUUCUCUUCCCUUCAAGGUAUUCAACCCUAUCACUGUUGCGUGCGAUUGGUUUGCACGUUUCCGAGUCAGUUUUAGGGUUUUACUGUUCGUUCUUUGUUGUUCUCUAGCGAUAAAUCUUCACCAUAGUAAUGGUUGGGCAUAUGAAGAAGAAACUCACUUGUGUUAUCAAAAACUUCGGUUUGCAAGAUGACGAGUUCCACUACUACUCUCCACCCUUCAAGGUGGCCGACUGUGAUUGGCGUCUUAUUGCUUUUCCCAAAAGAGAUACGGAUGGUGGCUACUUGUCCAUGUAUCUGGAUCUGGCUCCUGAAUCUUUGCCUCCAGGAUGGAGAAGAGACGUGAAGGUUAGCCUCACUCUUGUGAAAAAGGGACUGGCUCCUCAAUCUUUGAACCAAACAUUAGUAGGGAAAGGCUGUUUUGACGCAGAGAAUAACAUUUGGGGCUUUGAAGAGUUCUUGCCUCUUUCAAAACUUUGGAGAUACCUGGAUGAUUACAAACUCACCAUCAUCGCUGAACUAGACGUUAUCCCAGAUAUUGUGUUACCAGAGGAACCUGUGAUCAUUAUUGAACCAUCUCUGAGGUGCAAUCAAGCUGAUGAUGCAUCUGUCAGCAGAUCUCAGGUGGACCAAGUGUCUUGUCAAGUGGAGCAAAAACCUGAGAACCCAUCAAACCAGGAUUCAGAUAAUGCACUUAAGGAGAUUCAACCUGUAAAGGAGACAAUAGAUGUCAAUGGGUUUGAGGUUUUGUCUUGUCAGGUAGAAUCUGUGAAGCUUAUAUUCGAGAGACACCCAGACAUUGCUGUGGAGUUUAACGCAAAGAACCAACAUCUCAGGAACGCAUGUCUGAGUUUCCUGCUAAGCUUGGUGGAGACGUUAUGCCAGUCACUUGAGAAGCUCUCCAGUGAAGAUCUUGUGGAAGCAGACAUUGCGUUGACAUACUUGAAAGAUGCAGGGUUUAAGGUGGAUUGGCUGGAGAAGAAGCUAGACCAACUAAAAGACAAAAAGGAGAAAGAGAAGUCUUGUUUGGCUCGGCUCCAAGAGAUCGAGGAAAAUCUACAGAAACUGAAGCAGAAGUGUUCAGAGCUGGAUCUUCUUGCCGAGGAGGAGAAGGCUGACUUGUCAACCACAAGAACUGCUUUGUCUUUCGAUGAUAUUGUUUGAUUUGAUGACUUGACUUCUUAGGCAAUUUGGUGUUAUGAUAUCUUAUAUUAUCCAUUGGUUUUCUAAGUAGGAGGUCCUCUUGUAACUAUGACAUUCUGUGGUAAAGUAUAUUGCCACAACGUUUUUUUCUUCUAACAACUUUGUUCUCUUACUGAGUUUCUUGACGAACCAAACUAAAUAGAUGUGCCUGAAACAGAGAUCUUGGAGAGUUCAUAGUCUCUUGGAGUUGGAGUCAUCAACUUGAUUUUGAGAUGAGAAUACGCCAUAUGUAAAAAGUUUGUCAUGUUUUUUUUUGUGAAGUAUUGAGCAGCGAGUGCACUUGAAGAGCAGAAUGUAUCAAUCUUCAUUAAUACUCAAAAAUCACUUGGCGGUAAUUACACUAGUCGCGGACUAGGCAGGUACCUAGAAGCUAGUGAAAAUCAAAUGGUCAAGCUAGUUCGAUUUUUAAAACAUUGAUCUUGAUGAUGAAGUAAAAAAUUUUUGUUUAUUAAAAAGUGAAAAAUAAAUGGUCAAGCUAUAUUACCAAAAUUAUAAUGAUGAUGACAGAGUAUUAUCAAAUCACGAUGCGUCAAGGCUGUUAGUAUUCACCACACGUCAUUUAAAAUGCUUACAUCUUCUUCACAUAUAUAUAUAAGAGCAUCUCCAACCAAUUGUUAUUUUCACCUCUAUAAUAGCAUUUAGAGGUGAAAUUGCUCCAACCCACCUCUAUUUCUUCCUCUAUAAUAGAGAUCUCUAUUUUUUCCUCUAUUUAUAGAGGAAGAAAUAGCAUUCCUCUAUUUUUUACUCUAUAUUUAGAGAUUGCUAUUUUAGAAGAAUACAUUGGAACAUAUCUCAUCUCUAUUAUAGAGUUCCUCUAUUUUAGAGGUGAAAAUAGCAAAAUACAUUGGAGAUGGUCUAAGUGACACUCAGUGUUUAAGUGGUUUUGUUCUCUCAGGAUCUUGCAUCUUAAAGCAAUGAUGAAUCCAGUUGAUAAGAAGUUUGGUUGGGUAAUUAAGGGUUUCUCCUCUUUGCAGUUUGAGAAGUGUUAUUCUGUUCCAGUUUUGAUCAGCGACUGCAAAUGGUAUGAAACAUACUCGUUGUAUGUAGAUCUUGGUGAUAUAAUCUAUAGUUAUAGUGAUUCUGCUUGUUGGGUUUUAAUGUAGACGUGUCUUGUUGUAUUUCCUAAAGGAAACAAUGGUGACUACUUGUCUCUAUAUCUGGACGUUGCUGAUUUUGAAACACUGCCUUGUGGAUGGAGAAGAUAUGUGAAACUGAGACUUACUGUUGUGAAUCAACUUUCACCAAAACUGUCCGUGGUGAAAGGUGAUGUUUACCUAUUUCUUCUCACUAGUUGAUAUCAUCUUGAACUACUAUGUAUCAGUUACUUGCACAAACUAUUUUUUUUUUAAUGUAACACUCUAUGUAAUCCAUUUUCAUCCUACUACUUACUUACCUUAGACAAAGGAAAGUUCAUGUUUUGUGAGUUUUGAACUAUUUUAAACUUGUUUAAAUUGAACUCUGUUUAUAUCAAGUGUGUCUAGAGUUUGUUCACGCAUUGUUCUUUUUUCUAUUUUGAUCGUGUGUUUUGUUUGUUUUAGGACCAGCCUUGAACUUUCCUUGUUGUUUGGGCAUUGUUCUUGUUUUAUUUUGAUCUGUGUAGUGUUCGUUUAGGGAUCAGCCUUGAACAUUCCUUGUAGUUCACGCAUUGUUCUUGUUCUGUUUUGAUGACGUGUGUGUAAUGUUUGUUUUGGGACCAGCCUUGAAAUUUUCUUGUUGUUCACGCAAUGUUCUAGUUCUAUCUCGGUCAAGUGUGUGGUUUGUUUGUGUUGGGAUCAGCCUUGAACCUUUCUUGUUGUUUACGCAUUGUUCUAUUCAAUAAUAUGUUAACUAUUUGUAUGAAAUUUGUUACAGAAAUAGAGCACUGCUUUGAUGGAAAGUCGACAACUUGGGGUUCCAGCAAUGCUUCCGCUUUUCAAACUUCAUGAGAAUGAUGGUGGGUUUCUUGUGAAGGGACAAGUGAUGAUUGUUGCAGAGUUGGAUAUUUUUGAAGUAAUUGGCACAUUUGAUGAUGUGGUGGCUGCUGAGUCUAGUGACCUGCUUAAGAAAACUUCACUUGGGAUCAAUGCCAAUGGGAUUAAGCAGGUUGAAAAUUCAGUGAAACCCCCUCCAAAGAAAACUUGGAACAGAAAGUUUGAUUAUUGUUGUUGAUGAUGAUGAUGAUGAUAAGCGCUUAAAACGAGACUAAAACGAGAUUGUCAUAAUUUUUUUUCAAAAUCUUUGGGUUAUAAAAAAGUUUAUAUUCUAUAUACUGAAAUUUAUAAUUAGUGUUGUUUAGAAAU